AUGCGCCUCUGGUUGCCCGACUGGGAACUCCGGGAGCGCUCGCCGUCGACCGAAAGCGAGGCCUCCACGGCCAGCUACUCAAGCCUCGCCAGCGACGCGUCCUUCUAUGACGCGUCGUCGGGAGAUGAGGCCGGGCUGGCCGAAACGGGUGGCCACGACACCGCCACGCGCCGGUCGGCUCCUCCGCUCGCGUUCGCGUCGCCCCCCGCGCGCCACUUCUCUCCACUGCCGUCUUCGUCCCCGCUCUUCUCCUCGGCUCAGGAUGCGAUUGUUUGGAUACCCGGCAGGGCGGGCGUUACGCUGCCUGACCGGGUAUCACCAGAAGCCGCUCAAGGACGUCAGGGCGCCUGGCUUUCGCCACCGGCCGCACGGGCCACGCCGGCGCCUAUCCGGCUUGUAGACGACGUCCAAGACCUUCGUCCGUUUGCUGUGCCACCCGGCAGGGCGUGCCGCAUGCUGCCUGUCGAGGUGGCGCCUGGACUCGUGCCCGACUCUCAGAGCGUUGGCUCCCCGGGCACUCAGACGCCUUGCCCAGGUCCGAGUGACUUCCACACGCCGCGUCAAGACCCCGGACUGUCUUCUCCGUGCGCCGAUGGCCCCCCGAUCGAAGAUGCGAAUGAUUUGGUACCCGGCAGGGCGGGCGGCAUGCUGCCCGACCGGGUACCACCAGAAGACAAUGAAGACCACAACGCCGACUCUCAGAGCGACCACUCCCUGGGUGCUGACAGGCUACACCCGGGUCCAGCCGACACUGCACCGACCUCCGCUGCCCUCCCGCCUGCCCCACCAGCCCCUGCCCCACCAGCCCCUGCCAAGGCUCCCGACGAAGACUUGCUUGCUUCCCAACCCGGCAGGGCGGCAGGCAUGCUUUCCGCGGGGUACGCGCUUGUAGCCGCUACGGCUCGCGCCCUGGGCGUCACGCACGACACCAGCGACCCUGCGGACAGCAGCAGCAGCAGCGAUGGGGAGGGCUCGAGUAACGAGGCAAUUGCUUUCACUGUUGACGAAGACUGUCCAAGUGAUGACGACCGGCUUUGUCUGGCGGCUACGGAGCUGCCCGGCCAAGCUGGAUACACUGCAGUGGCCGCGGCUACACCCAUGCCAGCGUCCACUGCAGCAUCUGUCUCUGUCCCACUAUUACAGCUCUGUGACAACCGACUCGGCGGUCCGGCAUGCAUGCAGCCCGACCGAGUCGGGUUUGAUGAACCCACGUCCCUUGUGGACACUGCCCUGUCCAGUGCCGCUGUCCUGGACAUGGUCAAAGACGACUGCCAGCGCGCCGUCACCCACGACGUACCGGGUCCACUCCACGAACAUGUCCAGCCCGAAACAGGGCGACCGGACCCGGUACUAUCAGUGUACGCCCAUAACGCGCCCGCAUUCCCUUGCACGCUGUGUGGGCACACUGCAUGUGACAUGAGCGCGCUGUCGAGUCACAGACGGACCUCCCACCGUGGCACCUGCUUCGUGGAUCAUUUCCACAGCGGGUGCACGUGCGGCAUCGGGCACAGGACUCGUGCAGCUGCUACGAAGCAUGCUAUGGAGUGUCGGGACAGCCCGUCCUACAUCCCUUCGGCUGCACGUGCUCCCCCGGGUCCGUCUCCGGUCCACUUUCGUUCUCGUUCUCGUUCCGUGUGGUCUGUUCCGGAGGACGAGGUGACCCCCGAACAUACCGGGUCCCUCGUCCUGGCUCCUUCCGUGGGUACAGCAGUUGCAUCAAGCAGCACUGUGCCCACAGAUGCGACCACAUCCCAGAGCACCGUGCCUGCUCCCGUGGACCAAGCCGGGCACCUGCAUGUCCCCCCCGUGCGGUGCCCUUCGCCACCGCAGCCGCAUGUUCGGGUGGCGGGGAAGCGGCGCCGUUUAAACGAAGCUGCUGACCCGCCUGCUUCUCCUGACUGGGACAUGGACCAAGGAACCUCUGUGCUUGGAACCCCUGCUUGGCCCCCAGUUGAGGCAAACGAGGACCUGACUUUGGAUCAUGUGCUGGAUGAUGACAUUUCCGAAUUUCUUGUGGAUAUUUGUGGUUCUACUCUGGAUGCAGCUGACCCUUCGCUCACGGAGGAUGCUGCUGUCUCCGGUCGACUCGGGACGGCUCCCGUGCUACGCGGUGGGGGGCCACGUCACGGCGCGAUCGGGUCUUCUGGGGCUGUCCCGCCUGCCGCUGAUGUCCCGGCUUGUCCUGCUCCUACUUCUCGGGUGGCUGUUUCGGCUGCGCCCCGACGAACCAUGACUCGUUGGGGCCCCCGACUCGUAGUGACGCUACCCAUCACUGGGCGACGUACUCGCACUCGACGGCCAUCCUCCAGCGUACCUGAUUCUCCUUUGGUAGACCGCACCGCGCCUACUACGGCAGUUCCACCUGCUGAUUCGCCGAUAGCUCCGCCACCAUCACUGUCAGUGGUGGAGCCUACUGACCACCCAGCGGUUCCAGAGCACUGGCUACUACGUUUUGACGGGGCUUGUCGUCGGAACCCUGGUGCUGGUGGCGCUGGUGCGGUGGUAACAGACGCGUCUGGUACUGUGGUUUGGACGUGCUCCCACUUCCUGCCUGCCCGCGGUGAAACCAACAACACCGCGGAGUACUCUGCUCUAUUGAUAGGGCUGCAGGGGGCACUGUUCCACGGUGCCAAGAGGCUAAAGAUUGAAGGAGACAGCAACUUGGUGCUCGCCCAGGUGCGGGGCUCAUUUACUUGCUCCAACCGGCGGCUCCGGCGGUUGCGAGGUCGGGUUCGCUGCGAGUUGGGCCGCCUGGAUUGGUACCAGCUCAGUCACAUCGACCGGCAAGCUAACGCUCACGCUGACAGACUGGCUAACCGUGCCCUUGACCUCCGCCGUACCGCGUUGGAGUGUGGGCCCCACUCUGAUGACCUCUCCGCUUGUUUCACGCCUGUUUCCUCUCCGCCUUCCAGCCCAUCCCCGGCUGGGCCAGUCACAGAUGGUCCUCCCGAUGCGGAUACUGAUGGCUCUGUGGAUGACGAGGCCAUGGACGUAGAAGCCGAGAUCGCUGCUCGCGAUGGGGGUGAAGUUUUCCCGACUAUUCUCAUUGGUCCGGGUUCUACUCCAGCGCGACAACCUCGGCUCCGUCUCCGUCACUUGAGCGAGGAGGAGCAGGAUAUUGCUGCUGCUGCGGUACAGCACUUUGCGGAUGUCAUGGCGAGCAAGAUUACGGAUGCGGACAGUUGGAUAUCUGGUGAGGGAUACAUCUCGGCCAUCCCAGACCGGCUUCGCGAAGUGCUGCUGCCAUUCUCGGUGUCACCAAUGGGUACUUCAAGCUCGAGAGACAACUGUCCUCGCCAACGCCCACCUCGCGUGACGCGUACGCAGCGCGAACAUCGGUUGGAUGAGGCCCUUGAUGACAUGCAAGCGACGCAACAGGCGGUACCGAGUGACCGUCGCGCGGUCCGGAAGUCUCGCCGCCGCGUGGGUAGAAUACGAGCGUCUAUGGCUCAACUCGAGUUGCGUCGCCGCUUUGCGCAAGACGAAGCCAAGUGUGUUUCCUCUAUCCUCGAUGGUGCCUCUGCCGAAUCUGCGGGUGUCGAGCACCCCGAUACAUGUCCUAUUGGACGGGAGGAGCUUCACCAGCACUUCGUCGGCACGAGUUCCGCUCCUACCGCUUUUGAUUACGAUGCUGACUGCGGACAGGAAUUCCGGGAUGUUCUGAAUGGGUUCCCACGGACGCUUCUGGGUGAUGAUUGCUUUUCCGAGGCUUUCUCGAUGGACGAAGUGGAGGACCAGCUGUUGAGGGUAACUAAAACGUCCAGCCCCGGGCACGAUGGGGUUGGCUAUGAUGUUUACAACCAGUUUGCCCCGCAGUUGGUACCCCUUCUGCAUGCCGCUUACCGAUUCUGCUGGCUACAUCGGAUGGUACCUCGACUCUGGAAGGUGGGCAUGGUCCGCUUGGUUCACAAGAAAGGCGACCCGCUGCAACCUACGAACUGGAGGCCAAUUUGCUUACAGCCCGCUAUAUACAAACUCUACAGCGGGUUGCUGGCCAGGCGGCUGUCGUGCUGGUUGGAACUUAACCACCGGUUGCCCAUGGCGCAAAAGGGGUUUCGAGAGUUUAACGGAUGCCAUGAGCACAAUUUCCUGGCUACUACGAUGCUCGAUCAGACCCGCCGCUCGCGCCGCAAGCUCUACCAAGUCUGGUAUGACCUCCGAAACGCCUUCGGUUCGCUUCCGCAGCCCCUCAUGUGGCAGGUGCUCCGCCGGAUUGGUGUUGAGCCCCGGUUCAUUAACCGAUGCCAAGAUAUCUAUGAGGGGUCUGCUUUCGUGGUUAUGAAUGCGAAGGACGGGGCGACCGACCCGGUGCGACAGGAAGUGGGUGUCUACCAAGGCUGCCCCUUGAGCCCCCUUCUUUUUAUUGCUGCUCUCAUCCCACUGGUCCGCCGUUUGGAACUACUGGAGGAUGUCGGUGUGCCGCUGGCGGAGGGUGUCCGCCCGUGCACCACCGCUUAUGCCGACGACAUCAAGGUUUUCAGUGACAGUGCCGAUGGAAUCCGCCGCUGCCAUGACGUUGUCCGGAGGUUUCUCCAGUGGACGGGGCUGCGCGCUAACCCUGCCAAGUGUGCGAGCCUUGCGGUGACCAUUAAUGCUCGUGGUAACCCGACACUUGACGACAGUGUUCGGCUGGGGAUUCAUGGCGAUGUCAUUUCCCCGCUCACCCUUAAUGAGAGCUAUCGCUAUUUGGGGGUGGGCGAUGGUUUUGACCAUGUUCAGCACCGCCUCCAGCUCGAGCCAAAGCUCCAGCAGAUAAAGCGAGAGGCUGUGGCACUGAUGAAGUCUGGCUUAGCGGUGUGGCAAGUGGUGAAAGCGCUUAAGACUUACGUAUAUCCGAAGGUGGACUACGCGCUUCGCCACUUGCGCCCGCUUCGCUCUCAGCUCGAAGGAUUCGACUGUGCCGUGAAGCGUGGACUGCGACAUAUGCUGCGCCUGCCCCAGUCUUCGACCACUGAGUUCUUCUACGCGCCCACUUCUGGUGGUGGACUGGGCCUGCAGUCUCUAGUGGAGAUGCACCAAUCUCUGCAGGUGGCGCACGCAUGGCAGAUGUUGCACUCCAAGGAUCCAGCUCUAGUGGCGGUGGCGAAGGCUCAGGUCCUACAGGUCGUGCACAAACGAUACCGCCUAUUGAACGACCACUGGACGGGUCGAGACGACGAACUCGUACGUUUGUUUUUGAACUCCAAGCUCGCGUCGUCUCCCCACGCCACCAUCCAUCGCAGAUCGGGGGACAUCGCUUCGGUUUGGGUGGAUGUGCAGCGGGUGCUGUGCAUCCACCGUAUUACCUUUACUGAUCGCGCCGACGAGUCUGGUCAGGACGCGUUUGCGAUUCGCGUGCCGCACCACACCCAAUGGCUUGACCACAAGUCUGUCUUGCGGCACGUGAAGUUGCACAUGAAAAUUCGACACCAGACUCGGUGGCAGAGUCUGGUGGACCAAGGCCGGACGGCUCGGGUUCACGGUGGACCCGGGUCUAAGUUUGUGCUAUCGGGAGCGGGCCUGUCUGAUGCUGAACAUCGGUUCGGCAUCCAGGCUCGUCUAAACCAAGUGGACACGAACUCGGUUCUGAAGCGACACCGUAUGCGGCCAAAUGCUCAUUGUCGACAGUCGGCCUGCUCGAGUGCGGAAACACUGGCGCACGUUUUGAAUCACUGUGCAUCCAAUAUGGAUUUAAUCCGCCAGCGUCAUGACACUGCACUCGAGCGAAUUGGUGUGGAGAUCAGGAAAGCGCUUCAACGGACCAAGUCGCAAGCAGAGUUACGACUCAAUCAGACGGUUCCUGAGUACACCGGUGCGGCUCUGCGUCCGGAUAUGGUGCUGAGGGACGUAAAUGCCAAGACCAUGGUGAUCGCUGACUUGGCAGUCACCUUCGAGACCCAUGGUGCUGGAUCUCGCCUUUCCUCGCUGCAGUCCAGCUAUGACUUCAAGAUGCUCAAGUACAAGCCUAUCGCCGAUGAACUCCGGCUGAAGGGGUGGAGAGUGGAGUCCGCUGCGAUUGUCUAUGGAUCUCUAGGCUCGGUGCUCCCGCGUAACCUCAAGACAUACACGGACACGCUCCACCUGCUCAAGCGCGAUGCUAGGACUCUGGAAUUUCGCCUUUCCAGUCAUUGUGUCCGCUCCAGUCGCCGGAUCUGGAGCUGGCACUGCCAACUACACAGGGAUCGACAACGGAGAGGGGCGGCUACAAGAGAGUCGCGCAGGUCCGGGGGAACCUGCAGGCUCCUCAGCCGCCAGAGGCGCGGUGAUAAGCUGGUCUUUAUGACCGACAGGGCACUAUCCAGGUAG